GAUAACUCUGAUCUCGUCGAACUUACAUCGAUGGAACCUAUAAGAAUGUCAACGGGUGAUUCUGGAAACGAAUAUACACCUGAGUUUAAUGGUACGAUAGGUGGAGUGGAUAUCUCCGGCGAAAUCCUGGGAUCUGGAGAGGAUGGCGAUUAUGAUCGCGCUCUUGGGCGGUUCAUGCGCAACGAAAUAGACUACGAUGAGUUCAUGAGACUGACUGGUGGGCAAACACUUGAGGAGGAAAUGGCUGCUGAUGGUGGAGGAGAAUCCAUAGAGGACGAAGACGAUGAAGAAGAUCCAAACGGUGAUAAUGCACAGGUACGGAGUGAGUUCACCAUUAAGAAAGAAUACGCUACAGAGUACGGUGGUGACCUGCCAGUCCAUGUCAGAAACCUUAUGCAAGAGAUUGUUAACGAUGAACUUGGAGGUUGUCGUGCUGAUGUGUUGUCAGCAUCAGUUCCAACGGAGACGGAUCAACCGUCAACAUCUCAAGCAACUUCAACACCAGAACCAACCAUUGAACGGGAACGAAUACCUCGAAAACUCAGUAAAACUAUGGAUGCUCUUCUUGGUCAUGCCAAUGUCAUCUACGCGAAGGGCAACACUCAAGAGGCUCUUGCUGUUUUACUCGAAGUUAGUCUUCGUUGUGCAGUUUCUCACUUUCCUUCUUUAAACUUACCAGGCGGCUACGCACGCUACACGCUACUGCGUGCGCUGGGGGCUCUAGUCAUACGGGACGAAGCCACAUAA